AAAAUCUGUGUGCUGCACAUGGCAGAGAGUGAAGAAAAAAAAAACAAUCAAACACCGUCGGUUUCGGAUGGUCUGUAGCAUAGCGGAUGCACGACGGCUCUAGCAGGCGCUUCGGUUAGUUUCCAAACAGCGGCGUAGGAGGUUAGACAUAUUAUACGACUUUGCAAGUUUUGUGCACACGCGGAUCUGCCAGUGUCCUCUGAAUUCUGGUGGAGAUUCUGGAGCGCCGUUAAAUCCUGCUAGAUUAUUUUUGCAUUACGUGCUGUGGUAAUUGCAAUUCUGCAACAAGCGAUUUGUUAACAGCCAACAGGUGUCCGGUUCUCAGUUUUGUUUACAGUGAGCGGAAACGGUGCCCAGUGUUUGGAGAAGUUUUUGUUUUGUUGAAAUAUGAUAAAACAGAAUUAAGAAUAAUGGAAGAUGUGAUUCUUCGGAUCUUGUGCAUUUAAUUUGCAUUCGUGACAAAAGAUCUCCAACGAGUAAUUUAUCGAUGCCAAGCGACGUUUGAAACUGCGCUGGUCAAAAAGAAGCGUUGCUAAUGGUGAAAAAAGGUGCUUUUUCGUCUUGGCCUUCUUCGUUUUCGGUGUUUGAGGUGUGAGCGAGAUGUUAUCGUCGCCGAAAUUUGGUGAUUGCAGUGAUUAAAAAAAAUACCAGCGAGUGAGACAAAAGUAGUGUUUUGAGUGAUAAAUGAAGUAUCAAUGCUAAGCGGUAUAUUUACAAGAGAAAUCGUGUGAGUUGGCCGGGCUUGGUACCGGAUAGUGAUAUUAGUUGAGGCAGAAAAAUAAAUUGCGGAAUGCCAAUCGUUGAUCGAGACCGUGAUUGGCGUGUUAUAAACGGCUGUGUGUGUUAAUUAUUUAUUCAUACAGCGUCAAUAAGUAUGGUAGCAGACAGUGCAAAACAGAUUUGAAAAAAAAGCAACCGUAAAGAAGUAGAUUACCGUCGAAUUCGAUUGGAAAAGGACUGCAGCCGCUUGAUUGUUUUUCUUUUAGUUCCCGGUCCAAAUAUUGAUCAUUGGGUCGUUCAACAGCGGAGACAUUCCACAGUGCGUUUACGUUGAAGGGAUACUGUAAAUCACUUCGCGCCUGCUGCGGAACAACAAUUAUGUUUAGUGUACCAGAAAAGGGUGUGCUGUAUGAUUGGCCGUUCUGCGAUGAUACCACGAAGAGCUAACUGAUGCUAACACGUAAUGUAGGAGAAGGUGAUGAGCGGAUCACUGCCGUUUGCUGUCAGUGCGAUCAUCACGAGUUAAAACCAACGGUCAGCAGAUGAUGAUGAUGCUGAUGCUGAUGAUUAUGGAAAGGCCCGGCAUCAUUUGUUCGACGAUCCGUCAAAACUGAAACAAGCUGUUAGCAACACUCAACGGUAGUCGGCAAUACAACAACAGAUUUGCGGUUUCUGACGUAGAGAGUGAAAUGAAAGUGUAAUCGUAUUUUUUUUAAACCAACCAAAGGAGGCGGGUUUUCGGUUUUAUUUUUCGUUGCGUUCCGAAUAAGAGGAAGAGGCGCAAAAUAUGUGACGGUAUAGAUUAAGAGCAAAAAAGAAGUAUUGGCAGUUACGAAAAGAAAUAGACAAUUAUUUCGAAUUACGGCUAAGGUGAGAUGUGAUUCAAGCGCAAACAGCCGGGCGGCGGGAAGUGAAAAUUAGAUCAGUCGAUCGAGUAGGCAACAAGAAAAAAAAUCAGUUCAAUUGAAAGAGUGAAAAACACUUGCAGCUGUGAAAAUGUUGAAAAUUCAAAUGCUCGAACAAAUCGUGGCCAACGAGAACAUGAUCGAGGAUAGUCAACUCGUGAUCGGCGGGAAUGGACGGGCGGGCGGAACUAGUACUAGUGGCAGUCCCAGUGCCGGUCCCUCCAACAGCGCGACUAGCGACGAGAAUGACGAGACGAAAAGCUUGAACCGCGGCAACCGAUUGUCUCCACAAGGACGGCAGCAUAUGGGCGGGUGGACCACAGCCGCAUCCAACGCCAAACAGAAUGGACUGCCGACGACGCCGAGCAAAAGUGCUACCACCAGUCCGGAUCGGCUCCGGGGGGCAACGCAUGAUCUGUUCGAGCUACUGGAACGUGUGCAAUGUUCGCGGCUGGAUGAUCAACGUUGCGUUCUUCCGUCGUACUUCACACAGAAUUCCCGUGAAGAACGAAUCUCCAAUCCUCACGGCAACAACAAUGACACGACGAACAAUCUCACCGUUCAAAUGUCUCAACAACAACAGCAGCAGCAGCAACAACAACAACAAACCCGAACCCUUCUGCGGCACUCGAACUCAAUGUCCUCGAAUCCACACUCGAACUCUAGCUCGACUCCAGCGUCGCCGCAUCUGCUCUCCAAUAGCAGCAGCGGACACCUGCAUCAUACGCUCUCGAAUGGCAGCUCCCUGCACCAUCAUCCGCAGUACCAGAGCCAAUCGUCGGUAAGCUCCCAAAGUUCGUCAAUCAUUUCGGCAAUCCCACCGCUUCAACGAUUGCUAGAGGAUCACCUCAGCAAAGCUGCCCCUUAUCCGAUGAUUGUGCUACCGAACCACGGUGGUUACUGGAUUGAUGGAACCGAUCAUGAUUCGGGAUACGAUGUUCCGUCACUGACGACUUGGCGAGUUGGAAAGAUCGAAUCCGAUGAUACGGCCAAGUGCUACCGACGGUUUUUCAUCUCGCGUGAACACUCCAAUCUGGUAGGUCACGAUGAUCAGCUUGGGCCGGUGUUACUCUCAAUCAAAUCGGAAAAUGUAGCAAGUCAGGAUCAUAUUCGAAUACUGCUCCGGUUACGGACAGGAACCAUGCAUGAAAUCAUUCCAGCCUCUUGUCUCGGAUCGAACCCAUCACCGAUUAAAAUGGCACGGCUUCUGAACGAACAGAUCAACGUGGACAGCUUUAUGCCGGUGUUGUGCCCCAAAGCAUCCACCUUGAUUGCGAGCUACGAUGAGCAUGUGUUAGUCACAAAUUUCAAAUUUGGUGUUCUCUACCAACGCUACGGUCAAACGGCCGAAGAGGAACUGUUCUGUAACAGUGAUACGACGCCGGCUUUCGAGGAAUUCCUUGAUCUACUAGGUCAGCGAAUACGAUUACGCGAUCACAAGGGUUACCGAGGGGGACUGGAUAUUCAGAAUGGUCAUACUGGCGAUACUGCUGUCUACGAAGUGUUCAAAGAACGGGAAAUCAUGUUCCACGUAUCUACGCUGCUACCGUACACCGAAGGUGAUCCUCAACAGUUGCAACGGAAGCGACACAUCGGUAACGAUAUCGUAGCGAUCGUGUUUCAGGAAGAAAACACUCCCUUUUCACCGGCAAUGAUUGCGAGUCACUUCCUCCAUGCAUUCAUCGUGGUUCAACCGCUAGAACCCAACACUCCCAACUGCCGCUAUAAGAUUUCAGUGACUGCUCGAGAUGACGUACCGUUUUUCGGCCCAACUCUUCCCCAACCAUCAGUAUUUAAGAAGGGACCUGAGCUAAAAGAGUUUCUACUAACCAAACUGAUCAACGCCGAAAAUGCCUGCUACAAAGCGGACAAAUUUGCGCAACUAGAACUACGAACCAGGACUUCGCUGCUGCAAAACCUGGUCGACGAACUGAAGGAGAAAACACGAGAUUUCCUGGGAGCCGAUCUGCUAGGAGCUCCAACGUCGCCCACUCCGGAAACACCCAAAUCCGAGGGUGGCUUCACUGGUUCGCGUUUCAUCGAUACCGUGAAGAAAGCGCUUAACGCCAGAUUGCGAUCUCAGAACUCGGAUCCCACCAACGGAAUAGAUUCCAAUCAAAAACAUUCAAUCAAAAAGUCCAAAGAGAUUUCCGACGCUCCCUUCGGAUCCGGACAGGGAAUCAACAUUGGUCGAUCGCUUUCGAAAAGCAGUACAACGGGAUCACGGAAAUCGCCUAACGAUUCGGUAGCCUCCUCACCUGACAUCACUUCUCGCUGUUCGCUAAAUCCAAACAAUCUGAAUAAUAAUAACAACAACAGCAACGCAACUAACAAUAACCAUGGCGCCAUUGGGGGUCACGGACCGAAAGGACCCAGUAACAACAAUAACAACAACAACGGACCAGUCGCAAUGUCCGAAACGAGUGAUGAUUCCAGUCUCAACAGUGUUGAUCUCGAUCCUAUGGUUUUCCCAAACGUAGAUGCCGGAGCGACCUACAUCGAUAGUGAUACGGGGCUAGAAUCGAUGUCGUCGGCGGAUGCGACUACGAAGGCUUGCUCGCUUUGUCUGGACGGAGGCGACCGGACGGAACGAUCGACCAACGGUGGCGGCAGUGUGGUCAGCGUUAGCAUCGGUACCGGCAGUACCGGUGGGGACAGCAUUCGGGAUCUCCGGAGCAGCACCGGUAGCAAUGCUGCUAUGGGAUGUGUCGGCAGUGCCGGUUCCGGUCCUGGUGCCGGACUGAUUAUGGCGCAGGAAGUGGUACAGCAGCUCGACGGGUUCAAGCAGGAAAUUACCCGACUCAAGUGUGAUAAGCUGGAUCUGCUGCGACAGAAUGUGACCUGCCAGCGAGACAUCAAACGGCUCCGGGAACGGGAACUAUCGUUGCAGGGCGAUCUGGCUGCGGCCGGCAAAGAGAUUCUGCGGCUACGUGAUCUGCUGAAGGAGUACAUGCCGGCAGCGGCAACGGAACCAAUGUAAAUUGGCGAAGCUUUAACCAAAACAACUACCCACCACCUUCACCAUCACCACCUUUCACUUUCAUCAUCAUCAUCAGUUACGCCUACAUCACGCAUUACAUACCUAGUUGGGGAAAACCACGUCGCUGUUUUUCUGUUAACCGUGCUGUGCACUGCUGGCUAGUAUUUCUCGUUCCGUUACUAACGAACGUUACUACGUUGGUCGAAAAUGAACGUAAUCUCAAUCGCUUUUUCUUAGUACUAAUCGAAUAGUACAUUCUAGACAUUUUUCUCAAGAAACAGAUAAUUGAACUAAUUUAUUAAGUUGUUUGUUUUGUGUAAAAAAUCGUUUUCAUAUUUUUAGUUAUAUUUAUUUCAUAUUCCACUUGGAAGUUCUCUUCGUAACUAUUUAGUACAUAGGAAUAUAUAUAUAGGUGUCUCUGUUAGUCCUCAACCAUUUCUGCGCUUUCAUUGUUACCCGAAUAACUGCAGCAUGCAAAAACAAAACAAAAAAACUACUACUUAAUGUUGCGCAUUAAUCCUCAGAGUGCUUUUCAAGAAAAGAUUGAUCAUGUUUACUCACUGAAAACAAGCGAUUAUUUUGUUUCGAAUUAAACAACCUGUAAAUAGAGGUAUGUUCAGCGUGCUGCUCUUUGAAAUUCAGUCAAUCAGUCAGGGCACGUUCGGGUGAAUCGGGAGGUCAUCUUCCUCGUCGAACUCUCUGGCGGUAGCGCUGAGCUUUGGAUCAGUUUCUCUCUGUUAUUUUUUGUCAUUCACUCAGAGUGUGUGGAAAAAAGAGAACAAAAAAAAAACUGUGCUGUAAAUGUCAAUUAUCGUUUAUAUAUUUAUAAUAUUACUAUACGAAUAAAAUUUAAAAAAAGAUAGAAAAUCAGACACUAUUUAGAGCACUGUCGUGUAAUGAAUAAACGAUCUAAGCGUUAAAUCAAAGCAGAUAUAUUUUAAAGAAAAGAAAAUGUUGUUCAUUUUUUAGUGAAGGAGGGAGAACAAUUUUAAAACGGGCUAUUAAGUAGAUCGCACUUCUCCUGUGAGAGCGAGCGAGUGUUUUUAGUUGACGAGUGAUUGCUAAACCAAAAUAAACCAAAAAAACAAGAGAAAAUACUACAAUACUGAUAAUCACAGCGAAAAACCGAAAUCAAAUUAUGACGGUUUUCUCUAGCUUCUAGUAGUUACAGACUAUAGUAAUACACAGAUGUAAUGUAUAAAUGCAUAAAAAGUAACAACACAAGAAAAAGCUAACCCUUAGAUGUGCAAUACAACUCAAUUUCAACGACUAAGUGAAAAGUAAAAAACAAAAAAAAAUGCAGCACUUAAAUUUUACCUUUUUAGGCCUUACUUAAUGCAAAUUUUUGGGAAAAAAAACUACACCAAAAAACAUACACCAACAGAAACGCAAAACCUUUCAAGUGCAAGGCUAUUGCCUAUUUCGAGCAGAUCUUUAUCAGAAAACAAAAACAAAUCCUGCAACUGUUUGUACGAAAAUACUGCCUUCUAUCGCUAUGAUCUUUCCUAAUAUACAAAUAAUGCUGUUUCCAAAAACAAAAAAUGUGCUGACAAAAGAAGUAAAACCAGAAGUACUUUCACUGGGCACACCUCCAACUCUGCCAGAGUAAAUGUGGAGGAAAAUACAUUUAAAUAAUUGAUACCAAAGUUAAUGACAUUCCCAAAAGACACCGCCACCACCCCAACCUUUGUCUCACAAUAGAGUUUCUUCUUCUUCGUCAGAAAUAGAUGAUGGUUUCGGAUGACUGAUUUGACAUCAGCAAAAAAUUACCAGUCAGUCAAGUAAACAAAUCAUUUCAUAUCAGCCUAGCAUCAACAUUCAAAUAAAUGUCAGAAAUGGGAAAACUACCGUUAAAAAAAAAAAAUUUGUAGAUUUAGAGCGCAAAUAAAAAAUAGUAAAAACAGAAAGCACACAAAUAGAUGGAAACAAAAACAAAAAUGUUGUUAUGUCAGCAUACCGAAAUCUUUACAAACUCAUACAAAACAAAAACCAAUGUCCAGUGUCCAACGCACCUAAUCAAAAAAAAUAAAAAUAAAAAAAAAGAACUGAAAGAGAUUGCAGAUGAAAGAUACAAAAACGGAAAAGAACCAGAAACCAAAAGAAUGAAAAAUAAUACAACUACACAAAUACCAAGUCUAUCUACUCUAAAGCGAUACUGAAAAUGCAGCAGAAAAAAAUGUAGUAAACAUUUGGAAGUAACCAAUGAAAACCCAUAGAGUAUAUAUAUUUUAAACCCAUGUAUUAGAGAAAA